AUGGUCAAGCGAGAAUUCGGCCUCUUCCCAUUCAGACUCUUUCGAGUCAACCCACCCUUCUUGGAACGCUCACUCCCAGACAACCACUACGAUCCAUGGAGGAAACGUGAUGCUUGGAGGAGGCACGAGUUCUUCUCGGCCAGAAAUAGGAUGAGGCAUAUGGUGCCUGGUCUAGGACUAGCGACUGUUGCUUUUGUCGCUUACUUGGCUUAUGAUUACUGGGACAACACUUCUGGACCAAAGGCAGAAGAAAACAAGAAGUGGGAUGUUUGGAUGAAGGAACGUGAUGCCAGAUUACAUGGCCAUGGACAGCAUUAG